AUGCCACUAACGAGUCCGAUUAUUGACUUGACGCUAGAGGAGAGCGACACGAUGUCUGACGUGUCGCACGCACGGGCUGACGUUAGCGCCGCCAGAGCUGACGUGGAGAACACUGGGGCUAACGUAAGCGAUACAAGGACGGACGUGGAGGAGUCUCGAGCAGGCAUGGACAUGGAAAGUACAAGGGCUGCUGACGUGGAACAGGCAACGGCUGACGUGGAAACGACAAGGGCCGGCGUGGAACAGUCAGUGGUCGAUGUUGAAGCGGAGAGAGACAAGGUGGAGGAGGCAAGGCAAGACGGACCGGCCAGAGGGGACGGGGAUGGGGUGAGUGAUGCAGGGGCAUGCGAUGGGGGUGAAAGGCGAGCAGGCGGGGCGACUGCAGGCGGUGAAAUAGCAGUGGGGGCUACAGAGGGCGGGCAGAAUGAAAACCAGGAGGACGGGCAGCUGAAGAAAAAGAAACGGAAGAAGAAGGUGAAAGACAAGGGAGGAGAAGGAGCAGAGGGAGCAACAGGUGAUGGAGCAGCAGCGAGGGGGCAGCAGGGCGACCGGUCGCAUCCCCAAGGGAAGGCCCAACAGAAUGCCCAACAGAAGGCCCAACAGAAUGCCCAGUCAGCGGCUCAACGGAAGUCGGAAGCAGCAUGCGAGGCAGGGGGCGAUGCAGCGGGGGAGGCGGGCGGGGAGAGCGUGGAGAUGCGGCGGCUGCUGCGGCUGCCACGGUACUUCACACCCGCGGAGGGGCAGCACCAGUGCUACCUCUGCGGCCUCGUGCUUGCAGGGCCCCUCCCCCACAACUGCCAGGGAGGGCAGCCGGGGGAGGAGGGUGAAGGGGGGACUGGGGGGAGGGCGGGGGAAGGCGAGGGCGAGGGGCGGGUGUGCUGCGUGUGUGGGGCGGUGGGGCAUUCGGAGCGGCGGUGUCCUGAGAGGGUGAUGUGUGUGCGCUGUGGGCAGCCGGGGCAUGUGGUGAGGCACUGCCCCUCCCGCACGUGGACCCGGGCGCAGGGGGGGGCUGGUGCAGGGCGCAAGGGCGCUCCUGGCGCUGCUGGUGGGGGAGUUGGGGGUACUGUUGCUGCUGCAGGCGACGGUGAUGCUGCUCCUGGUGCUCUUGGUGGCAGUGCUGUUGCUGCUGCGGCGGGAGAGAAGGGUAUGGAGGUUGAGGGAGGGGGGAAGGGAGAGGGCGAGGGGGCGCAGAGGGCAGGGGGGGAAGGGGGGACAGCGGAGUGCAUGCGGUGUGGCGGGGAGGGGCACGUCUUUGGGGAGUGCUGGCAGCCGUACGAUCCUGCUGACCUGGCGAGGGUGCAGUGCCACGUGUGCCUGCAGUGGGGCCACCUGGCGUGCGCUGACCUGGCAGACCCACCGCCCAAGCCGUCGUGCUGCUGCUGUGGCGCCAGGGGUCACCAUGGCGAGGAGUGCCCAUCUGCUCGCCGCUUUCAUUCCUUCAACCUCGCUACAGACAGCCCCGCCAGCAGAUACAAGGCAGCGCCUGCCAGUUCGCCUGCUGGUCAGCUGAGGGCAGUGGGUGCAGGCAGGGGGGCGGAGGGGCGGCGAUGCUUCCGGUGUGGCGAGGCGGGGCACUUGAUCAAGGACUGCCCCAAGACUGAUGAUGAUGAUGAUUUUGAGGAGGUGGAGGAGGAUGGUGGUGAUGGGGAUGGGGAUGACACGAGGUUCGUCGAGGCGUAUGAUCGAUUGGGGUAUGAUGACAGUGAUGAUAGCGAGGAGGAUCGUAUCGGGGAUGGCAUCAUGAUUGCUGCCCGCUUUGACACUGGGAGGGGCGACAAACGGCAGCAGGGGCAGAGAGGGCAGUGGGGGCAGCAGGGGCAGCAGGGAAAGAGAGCGCAGCACAAGCGGUUCUGGGACAGUGAUGAUGGUAGCCAUGGCAAUGGCAAUCCCGGUGGCCGUGAGUAUGAAGGAGAUGGGCAGGGUGGGAAGAGAAGGAAGCGGCAGCAAUUCGAAGGGGGUAGGUCCGCUUGGGAUGAGGAUGAGGAUGAAGAUGAGGAGGAGCUUUGGGAAGGAGGCGGUGGAAGGAGGGGGGGCAGAGCGAGCAACGCCGGGGAGGAUGGAAAAGGCGAGGGCUGCAUGGGGGAUGGGGACAGGGGGCAAGCAGGGAGGCGCAAAGUUGAAGGGCGGAGGGAGCAAGAAGGAGAAGGGGGCAGGGAAGGGAGGGUGGUGGGCGGGCAGAAAGCACUUAAGCGGGCAGAAGAGGAAACGCAACGAGGGGAAGGAGGAUGGCAAGCCGAGGUGGUCUUGAUGAUGACUCCCAAGGGUUACAGAGUAAAGCACCAUGCUGUGGCUGCUGGGGCUGCUAAGCUGAGGCUUUAA